AUGAAGUUAUUUCAUAUAUUGAAUACCUUAGCAUUAGCUAUUUCAAUUAACGGUGUGACUAUCCCUGAUGGUGUCAUGGAUAUAAGUGAUCCAUUGAUCACUCUGCCACCAGAUCCUCAUUUGGAGAAGAGAAUUAAUGCUGAUGCUAUUGAAAAAGAACGUCAGAAAUUGGCUGACGCCCAAGCAAAAUUUCAUGGAUCAGGAACUUCAUUAAGUGAUUAUCCUUCUCCAUGGAUUAGAACCAUUUAUGGUAGUGUUGUGGAAAGAGUUGUUCCGACGGUUGUUGCCGGUGUAACUUUGAGUGCCAAACCACCCAAAGAGACCAACGGUUUAGAAGGAUGGAUUUCUUUACAAAAAAAUGGUAAACCUAAAACUAUCAGACCUCAAUUGAAGAACGGCCAUACCAAAAAUCCUUCGCCAACAUACGGUACCUGGUUUGCUACUCCCACAACUGUAGUCUAUACCAAAGAAGAAUUGAAAGCUCAUAAUAUGGCUGACGAUGAAACUCAUACUGAGGUCGAGUGGAUCGAAGACGAUGACACUUAUCAUUCAUUGAAUCCAAUCAUGAGAUGUACUCCAGAUUCUUAUUUCAAGAAAGGUUUAACUAAGAACAUGUUAUCAGAACCAUUUUGUUUCCCAAAAGACAAUUCCGUUUGGAAAGCUGGAGAAUCAUACUUCAUUACUUGGUAUUCGAAGUUCUUCGAAACCAAAACUGUCAGGUUUCACUUAUCUGGUGUCAAACCAAGUCUCCGUGACCACGGAUUGAAGAAAAGAGAUGAAGAUUCAAAGGAAAAAAGAUCAGCCAUUAUGGAAAAUGGUGGUACUAUCACUGCGGGAUCAUUCUGGAAAUCAGAUUGGGUUUCUAACGAUCAAGGUAUGUUUCCUAUUGAUGUUCUUGAAUCUUUCUUGAAAGACGAUUCACAAAUGGAAAGAAAAGUAUUAUUAUCAAUUCAACCAGAUAAUAUUUCUGACGAGGAUUUUGAUCUUUUAAAGAAUUCUUUGGUAUUGGAAAUCAUUCGUCCUGGUAAUGUUUACAAACAUCAUAACGAAGAUUUGAAAUUGUUGGAAGAGAAACAAAAGAAUCCUCAUUUGCAAGUUGAAGUUGAAGACGGUAUAAACUAUGAAAAAUAUUUUGCUAUUAUGGGUAUCCCCACUGUUGUAAUCUUCUUAGCUUUCUGUAUGUAUUGCUUUGUUAUGUAUAACAAGGUUGACUUGAGUGAUUUAAAAGUAAGAAAAGCUGCAGGCAAAAAUCAUAAUCAUAGAAGAAUUCCAUUCAAGAAAAACAAUGGUUACUUACCACAGCAUAAUUCUGAUAUUCCUUUACAAACUUAUAAAGGAGACUAA